UCCACUUCCACUCCGUCGCUAGCUCUCGCCAUUUGUGGUGGGGGAAAGCGAGCUUCGAGCUCGCACUCACCAAACCAAGCUCACUCACCUCGUCCCGCUGACCAACCUCCCCGAAUCCCACCCAAAGAUCCAGUCUUUUCCACCCCCAAGAAGGUAAUUUCCACCCGCCGGCGAUGGGCGCCUGCGCGGUGCUCCUGGCCGCGCUCCUGCUGGCCCUGGCCGCGCAGUGGGUGCCGCCGGCCGCGGCGGCGGUCGGGGUGAACUGGGGCACCAUCUCGUCCCACCGCGUCCCGCCGCCGGUGGUGGUGGACCUGCUGCGCGCCAACCGGAUCGGGAAGGUCAAGCUCUUCGACGCCGACCCGGCCGUGCUGCGCGCGCUCGCCGGCAGCGGCAUCCAGGUCAUGGUCGGCAUCACCAACGGCGAGCUCGCCGCCAUCGCGGGCUCCCCGGCCGCGGCCGACGCCUGGGUCGCGCAGAACGUGUCGCGCUACGUCGGCCGCGGCGGCGUCGACAUCCGAUAUAUUGCUGUGGGAAAUGAGCCGUUCUUGACGAGCUACCAGGGUCAAUUCCAGUCAUACGUUAUUCCAGCAACGACAAACAUUCAACAAUCGCUGGUGAAAGCUAAUCUUGCUAGCUAUGUGAAGCUUGUUGUCCCAUGCAAUGCUGAUGCUUAUCAGAGUGCUUCUGUUCCAUCACAAGGGGUUUUUAGGACUGAACUGACUCAGAUUAUGACCCAGCUUGCCGCUUUUCUCAGUUCUAGUGGAGCACCAUUUGUGGUCAACAUAUACCCAUUCCUCAGUCUCUAUCAGAGCUCUGACUUUCCACAAGAUUAUGCCUUCUUUGAGGGAUCUACUCACCCAGUUGUAGAUGGUCCUAACACAUACUACAAUGCUUUUGAUGGCAACUUCGACACAUUGGUUGCUGCGCUGGGUAAAAUUGGAUACGGACAGCUACCAAUUGCAAUUGGUGAAGUUGGCUGGCCAACUGAAGGAGCACCUAGUGCAAACUUAACAGCAGCAAGAGCAUUCAACCAAGGGCUUAUGAAUCGUGUUAUGAACAACAAAGGAACUCCGCUCCGUCCUGGUGUACCUCCAGCUGAUGUCUAUCUUUUCAGCCUUUUUGAUGAAGAGCAAAAGAGCAUACUACCGGGGAACUUUGAGAGGCACUGGGGGAUCUUCUCAUUUGAUGGACAAGCCAAGUACCCGUUGAAUCUUGGUUUAGGCAAUGCAGUACUAAAGAAUGCUAAAGAGGUGCCAUAUCUUCCAUCACGGUGGUGCAUCGCAAACCCUGUCCAGAAUCUUGAUAAUGUUGCAAAUCACAUAAAGCUUGCUUGCUCUAUGGCUGAUUGUACCAGACUCGACUAUGGAGGGUCAUGCUAUGGAAUUGGAGAGAAGGCCAACGUUUCUUAUGCUUUCAACAGCUAUUAUCAACAACAGAAGCAGGAUGCUAAGAGUUGCGAUUUCGAUGGGCUUGGGAUGAUAACUUACCUUGAUCCAUCCAUGGGUGAAUGCCGCUUUCUUGUUGGCAUUGAUGAUAGUAAAAGUUCUGCAGUUGCCUCCUGUGGCUGCGGUUGUGGGGUUUGUUGUGGGGUAUGGGUUUUAUUUUUCUCGGUGUUCAUGUACCUUAGAAUGAUGGGUUCUGUCUGAUGUCGAAAAUGAUUUGCUAGGACACGUGGGCAUACUUUGUGUGCCUUUGUGACAUAGAAGUAUUCUUCACUAAUAGAUUUAGGAAAGCACGGCAUUCUAGCCAUAUAUGAAAAUUAGAUUGUGUGAGAUUAGGAAAGGAGACAUUCUAGCAAUAUAUAUAUGAAAGUUGGUUUGGUGAUGAAA